AUGCCUUCCAUCGAGACUACAAAUAAACGCCGACAGCGCCAUAAGAAAAAAUGGUACAAAUUCGAACCGACCGAGAUUAGCGCUUGGAUUCGAGUUCCUUUCUUUAUUGUCUGCUUGUUAACAUGGUUGAUAGGAUGCAUUUCGUUAGGCAUUGGCAUUUGGGCCGAAGUGCAAUCUGCCAAUCUACGCCCUACUACUGCCAAUGGUAAAGUAAAUUCACAAAUCGCAAACUGGACAUCUGGACCUGCCAUCAUCUUGAUUGUAAUGGGCUUGAUGGGCUUUAUUAUGGGUUUCUUAGGCUGUGUUGGUGCUUUAAGAGAAAAUCUUUGCAUGCUGUAUACGUUUCUAGUAUCGGCUACUAUUAUUCUCAUACUGCAAAUUGUAGCUCCAAUUCUGGCUUAUGUCUUAUCACAGGAGGCCACGAAUUUAGCCAAUACUGCCGUUAGAAGUUCAAUCACAGACUACAGAGCCAAUGCUGACUUGGAACGAUUAAUUAACUAUAUCCAAACAAGUCUAAAAUGUUGUGGUGGCGCUAAUUACAAUGAUUGGGAGUUUAACAUCUACUUCAACUGUACUAGCCCUGGACCAGAGAGUUGUGGCGUACCCUACUCAUGCUGUAUUAAUUAUACUAUAUCGCAACUUCAAGCCAGAACUAGGAUUUAUACUAACGGCUGUACUGAUUCCGUCAAGGCAUUAAUUAGGAAUAACCUAUAUUGGUUCAUUGGAAUUGGGUUUGGAUUAUGCUUAAUUCAGUUGGCAGUUUUAGUCUUAUGUGGUAAGCUAAUUCAAGAGAUUAAGGCAGUUAAAACGGAUUAUGAACAGUACUACAAUGACGUCGGAACGUGGCCUGGUGGAAAUACCGGUGAAAAUGCUGGUGUUUGA